GUGAAUGACACAUUGUAGAAACUCGUGUUCACACCGCAUGUGGCGCAACGGAGAGAGGAGGCGUAAACAGCAGAGAAUCGCGUAGCUAGGUAGCUAGCUAAGUAAAGUGAGUAAUACAAACAUGUAACGGCGAUAUUUUAAUUAUAAAAGGUCGAUGUUAUUAUGUCCGACUUUAGUUAAAGUGUCAAACUUAGAAGCGCCAUAAAAUACAUCUCCGAAAUCAUGUGUUUUUAUUGCGAUGUGGCUUGCUGGGUGAAGUCCGCUAACGCGGAUAGCAUUAGCCUCUUCAACUGGGUCUGUGUGGCCUAACGUUGUUGUCGUUGGCUAGCUAACUACUACGAUGUGGUUCGUUAUGCGCGGGAAAUUAGCCCUAUUAAAAUUAGAAUUUUGCCUAGUUAAAAUUGGGCCGAUUAAUGUGUCUAGCAAUAUACUAUUGAAACGAACUAUUUGUGAAUGUGGUUGAUCACUUCCAUUUUGAUAAAUGUUGUAUGGCUGCGACGCGGCCUAGUAAUGCCUCAUUCAAAACUGCAGAGGUGGUGCUUGCAUUUUUCUUCAGCCAGCAGCUGCUGUUAUAUCAACGUGACAAGGCCAGAAAGCCUCAUGCACCGUUCAUGCUUUUACCGAAGAUAACUACCCUUUAAUGGAUCUCUCUAAAUAGUAACUCGGUAUAUCUAAUUUUCAGGGAGAAUAAGCCUUAUUUUGCAGUUAACCAGGUUUGUGUGCACUAGGUACCAUCGCCAAUCAACUGGCCAGACGUGACAUGUUUCAUUACUGUAGCUAACUACCGUGUUACUAGUUAGGUAGGCUGGCUGGCUAGCUACACUAGUAUUGUAGGGUAGGCACGUUUAAUAGUUUAUGCCCGCAUGUCAGUUUGGUGUAGUAGGUAGCCAUGGCCAAACCACCGUAGUAUUGAAGGUACCUCGAAAUGUUAAUUCAUUAUCCCCUUAUUGGCAUAUUCAUAACAUCCUGCACGUGGCUAACUUCUGAAAUUGUAUUUGCGCUAGCUACCUUGUAUACAAGAAGCUGCCAAUUUUCGAGUGCUGGUAUUCCAGCUAACGUUAGCUCCACCAUAACCAGCCACUACUAAGUUACUUAUUAAUCUAUGUAGUUACAGUAACUACAUUUGUACAUGGCUUUGUGCUUUUGCUGCCUUUCAGCAAACACUUGUCUUGGGGGGAAGUGUAAUGGACAGAGAAACUGUGAUUUCCGUGCCUUUAGCAAUGGCUGAAUGUGGACAACAUAGCAAGGUUAGAUAUUGUAAAUAUAGCUAGUAUUGGCUCUGAAUUAACAUACUUUAAUUAUUUUCAGAGGCUAAUUAAUUAAUGCUUGUCACACGUGUACUUUAAUACCAGCAGACCAUUUGCCUAUAACUAAUUGAAAGGCCAAUAGUGACAGGUGGCAUACUGAUCCUUCUUUUCAACAUUUUAUAAUAGUAGCCACCAGCUAGCCAGAUACCAGGGCUUACUACUCAAGCUAGCACAUGGUUGAGUCAGGAACAAGCCAUUGAUCUGCCCAGCUUUUAUUAGACAACCCUGACCUUUGCCUCUACUGUGUUGAAUUGUGUCUACCAUGCCCUUAGAAUUCCUGCCUCCUUUGAAAUUACUAGACUGUGAUUUCAGUUUCCAAUAAGUCAUUUCUGUUUUCUCUGCAGAUUAUGGAGAUGAGCAGCAGCGAGUGCUUCCGAUGUGGCCGUCCUGGGCAUUGGAUCAAGAACUGUCCCGAAGCUGGAGGGCGUGGCCGCGGCAGGGGCAGAGGAAGAGGAAAGGGUACUUUUCUUGUUUUUGGGACACUCACCAAUUGUGUAAAACUGGUUUGUCAAUCAGAGACAAAUGACCAAUUCUAAGCAGCUGCCUUAAUCUUGCUGAGCACAAAGGUCUUGUCCCAUGGGGAAUAACCUCAGUGUUAUCAGGGGCUCUCAGUCAUAUCACUUCGUUAUCACAGGGAUAUCAAAACGAUGAAGCACGGUUGUCUUAAUCACAUAAAUUACUUUAUUCUAGGGAUUUAGUUCACAAGCGCCUAGGUCGCAAUGUCAACGUAGCUGACAUGGCAGCAAAACGAUGCAUGUUCCUCCUCAGUUAGUUGCCCGUGUUCUUUUCACAAAUGAGUGUAGAGUAAACCUCUGGGUCACCUUUCUUUUUCUAGAUCUGUUCUGCUAUCGCUGUGGAGAGCAAGGUCACAUUGCCAGGGACUGUGAACAGACCGAGGAUGGUGAGAAUAAUUUUCAUUCCUUUAGUGAAUACUAAGUACAUGCAAAUGGUUUUGUCAAUACAAUUCCUACACGUUUUUGUAACUUUAAACUUGUAGCUCUAGUAUGGACUUGUUCAGCUUUGCAGUGAGCAAUAGUUGUAGCUUUCUCGUGACUCACUAUGUACUGGGUCCUGCUGUCAGGAUCUGGGGACACACGGGAUUUCAGAAUGUUUAUUACAUGUUAUAAGUAUUGUACAACACAUUCUUGUUGGUUGAAUAAUAAUGGUGUUUGGAAGAUGUGCAUUAAUUGUUGAUAGCCAUGCCAUUGUUAAUUGCUUUUGUAUUUCGGACAAUUCCAUAUUCAUUUAUAGAACAGAUCUUUAACAUGCUGUUUUUUUUUUAUAUUUCUCCUCAGCCUGCUACAACUGCCACAGGAGUGGCCAUAUUUCCCGUGACUGCAAGGAGCCCAAAAAGGAGAGGGAGCAGUGUUGCUACAGCUGUGGCAAGGCCGGCCAUGUGGCCCGCGACUGUGACCAUGCCAACGAGCAGAAGUGCUAUUCCUGCGGAGGCUUUGGCCACAUCCAGAAACUUUGCGAUAAAGUCAAAUGUUACAGGUGAGUGACCACACAGCCACGUUUUUUCACAAAAAAUACUUAUGCAAACACAUGGUACCGACUCAUACUUGCAUGUUCCCAUGUACAGAGCAAACUUCACUAACAACUGCUGAAAGCACAAACACAAUGCGUUUCGACAAGUCUUCUCAAGAGUGACGUGCAGUCUCUGGUACCCCCUUCUUUUGGGGACAUAAAUGGUUUUACUGUAGUCUUUAGUUAUAGUCAUGUAUCACCUAAUUGGCAAGCUUUCAAGUAGUUGUGCUGUAUGUCUAGAUUGAUGAAUGUUUGUGCUGUGUAUAUGGUCCUUCCGCUUUUUAAGAGUUAGCAAAAACCAUUGCUUUGGCAGCCAUUUGCAGUUUAGUUCGCCAGAGCCAUGCAAAUGUUAACUCUUAUGCUUGGGCGACUGAAAUCGUAAUGUGUUCCCUCCUCUCCCCAGGUGUGGCGAGAUCGGCCAUGUGGCUGUGCAGUGCAGCAAAGCCAGUGAGGUGAACUGCUACAAAUGCGGCAACACCGGCCACCUGGCGAAAGAGUGCACCAUCGAAGCCACCGCAUAAUCAGUGCCCUUUGUUGCCCCUCCUAUUUUUCCUGAUUGAUGGUUGGUUGUAUUAUUUUCUCUGAAUCCUCUUCACCGGCCAAAGGUUGGCUGACAGAGGCUAGUCCCGGGCCAGUGAGCCUCUCGACAUGUAAUAAGAAGAAAGGGGUAAAAAAAAUAUCUUUCUGCAUUCAAUACAAAAAAUGUUUGUUUAGUUUGGUAGCGGUGUUAUGUAUAAUGCUUUGUUGAAGAACCCCCUUUCCAAGCCACUGGUGAACAGAGAUGAAUGAAUGGGAUAUAGAGGAGCUCUGGGCUUAUGGAAAGUGAGUCUCAGUAAGAAGGGAGUAAAAAGAAACCUGGACUUCCAUGUAUGGUUAUUUUUUUGGUUUGUUUUAGUGAGAUAACAUAUGAGUUGGCCAAGAGAGUAUGACAGGGGAAACGGUUCCCAACAUAUGAUCCAUCUGCAUCUGGGCCCUACAAGCAGCUAAGUGCCGGGCGAUAACAUAAACGACAUGUUAUAUCGAUAAAUGCGUUACAUUUUGGAGGAAUUGAAAGAAUAUUAAGUUCUUUUAUAUAAAAAAAAUAUAUAUAUAAUUGUUUACAAUUUAAAGGAGUAUUGGUAAAUAGUCCAAGGUAGACGUUUCCCCAAAAACUAAUUUGGAAACUUUUACCUUGGAGGAAAAAUGUGCAUCAAGAACACAGUUGUCAGAUCAUCAGAAUUAGCAGUUAUUUGGGAGUGGAGAAUGUUUUCACAGAAAUCAAAUGUUAUUUUUGUACAAUAUCACUUAGACUACUGUAAAAA